CCCGCCCGUUCUCUCUUCCUUACAUCCUCAUCUUUCUUCCUCUUGGCGCGUGCCUCUCUCUUUCUCUCUUUUUGAAUUUGCAGCACACUUGAGAGCUCCGUUGCUGAUUCCUUUGCCUGCAUCGGAGAGGGAAGAAACACUUGAGAAUGGAGAGGAUUCAUGUGAGUGUCCGUGCAAGACCCCUCUCCCUUGAGGAUGCCAAGACUAGCCCUUGGAGAAUCUCUGGCAAUUCAAUUUUCAUUUCCAAUCACUCCUCCAAGUUUGAAUUUGAUAAAAUCUUUAGUGAACACUGCAAGACCGUGGAAGUAUAUGAAACUCGUAUUAAAGAAAUCGUCGCUGCUGCAGUUCGCGGAUUCAAUGGCACCAUUUUUGCUUAUGGGCAAACAAAUAGCGGGAAGACUCAUACGAUGCGGGGCUCAAAAACAGAGCCAGGAGUGAUUCCUCAAGCUGUGCAUGAUUUGUUUCGGAUGAUUCAAAAGGAUAUAGAUCGAGAGUUUUUGCUUAGGAUGUCAUACCUGGAGAUUUACAAUGAAGAUAUCAAUGAUUUAUUGGCUCCUGAGCAUCGUAAACUUCAGAUUCAUGAAAAUCUAGAGCGAGGAAUAUAUGUAGCUGGGUUGCGCGAAGAGAUUGUCGCCUCUCCUGAGCAUGUGCUUGAUCUCAUGCAGUUUGGAGAAUCUCAUAGACACAUUGGGGAUACAAAUAUGAAUUUAUACAGCAGUAGAUCUCAUACUAUUUUUCGCAUGAUAAUUGAGAGUAGGGAUAGAAGAGAAGAUGAAGGCAAUGGAAGUUGUGAUGCUGUUCGUGUAUCAGUGUUGAAUCUAGUGGAUCUUGCUGGUUCAGAACGUGUUGCAAAAACUGGAGCAGAAGGUGUUCGGCUCAAGGAGGGUUCUCAUAUAAACAAAAGCUUAUUGACUUUGGGAACUGUCAUUAAAAAAUUGAGUGAAGGUGCUGAGAGUCAAGGUGGUCAUGUUCCUUACCGAGAUAGCAAGCUUACACGAAUUCUGCAACCUUCACUAGGUGGAAAUGCUAACACAGCUAUGAUAUGCAAUGUUACACUUGCACAAAUACAUACAGAUGAAACUAAAAGUAGCCUCCAAUUUGCAAGUAGAGCAUUGCGUGUCACAAAUUGCGCUCAAGUGAAUGAGAUUUUGACAGAUGCUGCCUUGUUAAAGCGUCAAAAGAAAGAGAUUGAAGAGCUUCGUGCUAAAUUAAUGAGUUCUCAUUCAGAGCAUCUGGAAGAGGAGAUUUUGAACCUUCGGAAUACAUUAUUACAAACUGAAUUGGAAAGGGAACGCAUAGCUUUGGAAUUGGAGGAGGAAAAGAAAAAUCAAGCUGAAUGGCAGAAAAGAAUAAAGGAGCAAGCAAAGAAAAUUGAAAAUUUAAGCUCAAUGGUUCUGUUUUCAAAGAGGGAUGAGACAUGUGAAAUUAUUAAGAAGGACAAGAGACGGGAUACAUGGUGUCUAGGAAAACUAUCAAGGGAGAAUCCAAGAGAUGCCCGCUCUAGCAUCCAAUCAAAUGCUUCUACUGUAAAACCUGGAGGACAGAGGCAAUGCGUUGGACCACUUGUUCCUUUUGACGAACUUAUGAUUGAGGAUGCUUUUGUGGAGCAGUCUUCUAACCAAGAGGACAAUAAAAAUGGUGAUAUGAAUGAGGACUGCAAUCUGCCUAACCCAAGUGCUUUAUUGCAUGUAACAAGCAGGAAAAAGAUUCCAUCACGGAAAAGAAGUUUAUCCAUGGAGGAUGAUGAGUUUCUAAAGUUACAGGAAGAAUAUGAGAAUUUGCUUUUAAGAUUUGAAACUCAGAGAACUGCAAGUGAGAUAGAAAUAAAGUCAUUGAGAAAACAGCUAGUUGAGGCAAAUUCUCUUCAAUGUACAGAACCUAUUGGCUGUUUAAAUAGUGCAAAUGGUGUUAACUGGAAUGAGAAUAAAGAUGUGAAUUUCCAAGAGUCAGAAGCUAUUCUUGUCAUCAAGAGACUUGAAGAACAGUUGUAUGAAGAGCUUAGUAAAGUACAGAAGGCAGCUCAAGUUGCUAACAAACAACUUGCUUGUGAAACUGGUGAAAAUUUGAACUUUGUGAUCAAUCUUUCAAUGGAAGUUCAAGAAAUAUUUUCAGAUGUACAAAAUGCAAAAGAAGCUGUUCAAAGUGCAUUGUUGAUGGUGGAUGACACCACUAAAAGUUUCUUUGCUCUCUGCAAUGUGUUUAAUGAUUUUAAAACCUCAAUAUCUCAGCAUGUUGCAGAACUAAGUGUAAUCUUGAGUAACUACAACCAGUUGAAUUCUUGCUCAAGACAACAAAUUUCUGAGCUUGAGAAUGAGAAGAUUCUUCUAGACAACCAAUUAGCUGAUCUUCAAAAGCAACUUCAGCAUUCAAAAGUGGAUUUUGAGAAUUCCCGAAGUUCUUUAAUGAAAUGCAUUGAACAACAGGAAUUGGAAAAUGCAGACCUGAUUUCACUUAUCCAUACACUUGAAAAAGAAAUAUCAGUUUUAACAUCAUCUUCAUUGGUCAAGGAAAAGGAAACAUUCAGAAAAGAUCUUGAGAAAAUAAAAUCCAAGUUGAAAGAAACUGAGUCUAAGCUUAAGAUUGCAGUACAAGAGAAAACAAAACUUGAGGGUGAGAAAGCCUCUGUCGAACGUGAGCUUAAACGGUUGCAUGGUCAGAAUUCUCUUCUUGAACGAGACAUUAAUAAACGUGAUUCACUUGUUGGCAGAAGACAUGAGGUGUUUGAUCCCAAAAGACCAAAGAGUCUUGCUUCUUCUCUUGAGCAAACAUUACAGGAAGAGCUCAAAAAGAUGGACGCUUUUGCAUUUGAAGCAGAAUCAAGAAUCACUUCUUUGGAAGAAGAACUUACAGCUGCAUUGAAAGAGAAAGAAGAGGUAAAAUUUAGCAAUGAGGAUUUAACUUCACAGCUGGAAGGCUUGAUGGAAAAGCUGAAUGAAUCAAACUCUGAACUGUACAAUUUAAAGGAAGAGAUUUCUGUUCUUAGACAAAUGUUGGAGGAAUCUGAUCAAAGCCAAGAAAAAUUGAGAAGUUCUAUCAAAGUAUUGUUGGAAGAAAAGGAGGAGCUGGCAAUGCAACUCACAGAUUCCCUUUUGGAAAUAGAGGAGGAAAGGGCAAUAUGGUCUGCAAAGGAAAAGGCUGUACUUCUAGCCAUAGAAGAACAAACAAGAAAGAACAACAUGCAAAUUACAUCAUUGUCAAAAGAGUUAUCAGAAGUAAGAAAUGAACUAGCUUCCUGUAGAGAAGAAUGUCAGACACUGCAAAAAAGGUUAACUACUUCAGAUGAAAGUGGACGUCUCAUGGAAAAUAUCAGAGAAACAACUUUGGAGUUAGACCAGCUAGAAAAUCACACUGAAACAAUCAAUGCUGAGAGCAAACAAUCACGAGAAGGUCCAAAAGCCAAUUCAGAGAUGCCGUGGCCAGAGCUGCGUGGCAGUCUUGAGAAAGAUAACGCUGAUGAUAAUCUAAGUGAGCUUUAUGUCCUUGAUAAAGGCGUUGAUCUCUCAAGUCAAAGCCGAGAACUUUCGAAUGAGUUUCAGAAACUCAAGAACGAACUUGCUGUUGCAAUAAGCGAAAGGGAUAAAUUGGCAUGUCAGAUGGAAGACCAACAGAAACAUGUUACAGAAAUGGAAUUUCUGCAAAAGCAUUGCCAAGCUCAGUUGUCAACAGUAAAGAACCAGGUUGAGGAACUUAGUCAAAAAGUUUCUUGCUAUGAAGCAAAAAUGCACGCGGAUAAAGUAACUAACAACAAAGAGACGACCAAACUUCGAAUGAUGCUGCGUGGAACAAAGGCAAGGCUAGAUGCUAUCCUCACUCGAUAUAGAGAAGCAGUAGAUGAAUCAGAUUUAAUGCAUAGGAAGUUUGAGGAGGCAGCAGCAAAACUGAAGGACAAGUUGGCUACAAAGGGAAUAGAGGUCCUCAAUCUAAAGAAGCAACUAGCUGCAAAAGGAAUGUAAAAAAUAUUUGUAUAGAAUUUUGUACAGAAACCAUGCGUUUCUUAUAAAAUAUAUAAAUGACUAGAAUGAGAUCCGCGCGAUGCGCGGGGCGGUAAAUUAAUGAUAGUAUAUAAUAAAUAUUAAAAAUUAUUAUGUUUUAUAGAAUUAAAUUAAAUACGUGUAAACUAAAGUUAAAUUUAAAAUGUGUUUUAUUUAAAAUAAUUUGUAGUA